CGCGUCCGGAUUUAAAUACCAGCCUCGCGCCCCUUUCAUCGCGAGGGAGUUUCCUGAUCCAUCCGAUAGUCUGCCCUCCUGAUCUGUCUAUCAAUUCUCAGUCGAUCGAUUGCCAGUCAUGAAGCUUGGGUGGCUUGAGAUUGCGGUGGCCUUGGCUGCCACCGCCAGUGCUGAGGUAGUGAUUGGAUUGUCAACUCGUUAUUUGGCGAUAUUCGGGGAUGAGCGACUGACGAGGACAGGCAUUGUCUUAUUCACCCCCCUACUACCCGUCGCCAUGGUCGGAUGGCAGUGGUGACUGGGCAGAGGCGUACCAGCGAGCUGUUGAGCUCGUCUCCAGUCUCACGCUGGCCGAGAAGGUCAAUCUCACGACUGGAACCGGGUGGGAGCUUGACAUGUGCCUUGGUCAGACUGGUGGUGUGCCCAGGUGAGUGGAGUGAGACAUCAUCACGUCAUAAACAUCUGAUUGUCCAAGUCAACGAAUUGACAUGCGCUAGAAUCGGAUUGCCGGGAAUGUGCAUGCAGGACUCGCCGGUUGGUAUUCGAGACAGCGACUACAACUCGGCAUUCCCCGCGGGUGUAAACGUCGCAGCGACAUGGGAUCGGAGUCUUGCAUACUUGCGGGGACAGGCUAUGGGCCAGGAGCAUCUGGGAAAGGGUGUGGACGUGCAGCUGGGACCCGUGGCCGGCCCUCUGGGUCGCUCGCCCGACGAUGGUAGAAUCUGGGAGGGUUACUCGCCCGACCCAUCGCUGACGGGCACGCUGAUGGCCGAGACUAUCAAGGGCAUUCAGGACCAGGGUGUGAUCGCGUGCGCGAAACACUUCAUCGGCUACGAACAGGAGCACUUCCGCCAGGCGUCAGAGGCCCAGGGUUACGGAUACAACAUUACCGAGAGCUACAGCUCCAACAUCGAUGACAAGACCAUGCACGAGCUGUACGUGUGGCCGUUCGCCGACGCUGUCCGUGCCGGGGUUGGCUCCGUCAUGUGCUCCUACAACCAGAUCAACAACAGCUAUGGCUGCUCUAACAGCUACAUGCUCAACAAGAUUCUCAAGGCCGAGCUCAACUUCCAGGGCUUUGUCAUGAGCGACUGGGCUGCCCACCACAGCGGGGUGGGCGAUGCCCUGGCCGGUCUCGACAUGUCCAUGCCUGGCGAUAUCGCCUUCGAUAGCGGCACCAGCUUCUGGGGUGCCAACCUGACCGUCGCCGUCCUCAACGGAACCAUCCCCGAGUGGCGCGUCGACGACAUGGCCGUCCGUAUCAUGGCUGCCUACUAUAAGGUUGGGCGGGACCGUGUCCGCACUCCGCCCAACUUCAGCUCCUGGACCCGCGAUGAGUACAGCUACCUGCAUUAUGUUGUCGAAGACGGCUGGGGCCUGGUCAACAAGCGGGUUGAUGUGCGCGCCGACCACGCUUCGAUCAUUCGCGAGAUUGGCUCCGCCAGCAUCGUUCUGCUCAAAAACGAAGGUGCCCUGCCGCUGACUGGCCAGGAACGCUUCGUCGCAAUCCUGGGCGAAGAUGCCGGGUCCAACGCCAACGGCGCCAACGGCUGCAGUGACCGUGGCUGUGACAAUGGCACUCUGGCCAUGGGCUGGGGCAGUGGCACUGCCAACUUUCCCUAUCUGAUCACCCCGGAGCAGGCCCUCCAGCACGAGGUCAUUUCGAACGGCGGGAUGGUCUUUGCUGUCACUGAUAGCUGGAACAUUGCCGAGGUCGAAGCCAUGGCGUCUCAAGCAAGUGUCUCCCUUGUCUUUGUCAACGCCGACUCUGGAGAAGGUUAUAUCGAUGUCGACGGUAACCUGGGCGAUCGGAACAACAUCACCCUCUGGGGCAACGGGGAUGAACUGAUCCAGGCGGCGGCAGCUAACUGCAACAACACCAUCGUCGUUCUACACACCGUUGGAGCAGUGACCGUCGACGAGUGGUAUGAUAACCCCAAUGUGACCGCCAUCCUCUGGGCUGGUCUUCCAGGCCAGGAGAGCGGCAACUCGCUGGCCGACGUGCUCUACGGCCGGGUCAAUCCGGGGGGUAAGACGCCAUUCACCUGGGGCAAGGACCGAGCGAGCUACGGUGCUUCCCUGCUCACAGAACCCAACAAUGGCGACCAGGCGCCGCAGAUUGAUUACACCGAGGGGGUGUUCAUCGACUACCGCCGCUUCGACAAGUACAACGAGACUCCGAUCUACGAGUUCGGCUAUGGGCUCAGCUACACGACCUUCAACUACUCCGACAUCUCGGUGACGGCACUAAACGCCUCGGCUUAUGUGCCGGCCUCUGGUCUGACGGAAGCAGCCCCCUCGUUUGGCCAGCCGGGCAACGCGUCGGAGUAUCUGUUCCCCAGCGACAUCAACCCAGUCAACCUAUACAUCUACCCUUGGCUCAACUCAACCAAUCUGCAAGCCGCCUCCCAGGACCCAGAAUAUGGCCUCAACGCCUCCGAAUAUAUCCCCGCGGGGGCUACGGACGGCUCCGCCCAGCCUGUACUCCCUGCCGGCGGUGCCCCGGGGGGUAACCCGGGUCUGUACGACGAGCUGUUUGCCGUCACUGUGACCAUCGCCAACACAGGCUCAGUCGUGGGAGAUGAGAUUCCCCAACUGUACGUCUCUCUCGGCGCCCCCGAAGACCCGAAGAUCGUGCUCCGCAACUUUGACCGGAUCACGAUCCAGCCAGGCGAAAAGGCAGUCUGGAGGGCCACCACGGUGUAUGUGGGCGCCUCGUCGCGCAAGUUGUACCUGCAGGCCACGCUGCCGUCAGUCAACUGAUCUGUAUAUAAUUGGUACCUAGCUCUAUAGCUUUUCUCUUCUAAAUAUAAUUUUUUUCUAUA